CCCAAGCUGAAAGAAAGAAAAUAACCAACCAUGCCCUGGUCCGCCGCACUCCCUCAGGCGAUGUUCGCCCACCCCCUAGUAUCCAUCGUGACGCCUAUCGCGACAGGUUCUCUAAUCGGGUACCAUACCAACCGCAAAGGCCGCACGAAACAAACCUACCACUCCCUCAAAAAGCCCCCUCUCUACCCGCCAACCUGGGCCUUCCCCGUCGUCUGGACCGUCCUGUAUGGCAUGAUGGGUUUCGCCAUUCACCACGCAACAGUCUCAGGAACCAUAGCCAGCGCAUACCCUCCUUCACUAUCAUCACCAUCAUCAAUCGUCCAAGACUGGACCGUCAAGUCGCAGACGCUAUACAUCUCUCAACUGGCGUUGAACCAUCUCUGGAUGCCACUGUUCUUCAUGUUCCGGAAGCCGGCGUGGGCAUUGGCCGAUCUGCUGCUUCUGAGUGGGAAUGUGGCGGCGUUGAUGCAUAUCUGGUGGAAGCAUGACCGGGUGGCUUUUUGGUUGAUGACGCCGUAUGCGGCUUGGUUGGGGGUGGCGACGUAUUUGAAUGCUGGGGUGGGGAUUUUGAAUAAUUGGGUGAUUGGGGGUGGGGAGAGGAAGGAGGAGUGAUUAUGAUGGAUGAUGUACUAUAUGUGGUUGUAUGUUCACGGGUGUUUUGAGGCGUGGAUCAAAUUUGGAUUGAUUGUGUAAGGUAGUAUAUAUGUUGGCGUAGGAAAUAGUACUAUGUCUUCUUAUUUAAUAAAUGUAGUGCGGGUGUGUUCUCGGCUCCUUGCAGGGUAUCAGAGAAGAUGCCAUGGACGAUGCGGAUGUUAUCUCAUGGAGCAUCAGUUCCUCAUUUCUGAAUAAAACUGCAAUAUAGAGUUCCUAGGGCCGUGGGCAAUGAAGUUGGGCGCCGCCUAUCUCCCCUAACAAGAC